AUGACGCUGCGGCAGCUGUUCCAGAAAUCCAACGGCACGUGGCGACUGCCAUUGGUUAGCAUUCGUGAUCAGCCUGCCUUUCAGUGGCGUGGGCUCAUGCUGGAUGUUAGCCGCCAUUUCUUUUUCCCCAAGGAGGUAAAGCAUCUUCUCAAGACCAUGGCCUUGUUCAAGAUGAACCAUUUUCAUUGGCACCUUACGGAUGACCAGGGCUGGCGCUUUCCUGUAGAGAAGCUGCUCGCAGACAAUACAGGUAGUUUUUAG